UACGACAGCUCUGCGCCAUUUCCGGCAAAACAUAUGAACGCCAGAGUGAGGAAAACAUGAGGGGUCAAAAGUUAUGGUCCUGAUUUUUAACAGAAACGAAACGUAACACACAGACAUGGCCAGUUCCAUGGUGGCAGUGGGACUGGCUCUGGCAGCAGCUGGAUUUGCAGGUCGCUAUGCCUUGCAGGCCAUGAAGCAGAUGGAGCCUCAGGUGAAACAGGCCCUUCAGAGUUUCCCCAAGACGACUUUUGGAGGAGGGUACUACAGAGGUGGAUUUGAACCAAAGAUGAACAAGAGAGAAGCUUCCCUGAUUUUAGGUGUCAGUCCAACAGCCAACAAGAAUAAGAUCAGAGAGGCCCAUAGAAAACUAAUGAUCCUGAACCACCCAGACAGAGGUGGAUCUCCCUACCUGGCAGCGAAGAUAAACGAAGCAAAGGAUUUGAUGGACGGCCAGAUGAAGAAAUAGAAGUGAAGACCCAAAUGAUGAUAUACAGUUAAUGUGAUUGCACACCAAUCUCAACUAUGACAUUGCACUGACCCACUUGAGCGAUUACUGGAUUUUUCUAACUGAUUAUCAAAUAAAAUCACUCUGCAAUUAA